AUGACCUCUGAACAACCGGUAGUUAUUUAUUUGCCGUUUUUUGUGUGUCAAAGCUGCUGUAUAAUUUUUUUGUCUCGUGUCUCCGAAAAAGAACAAAAAAACCCACAACUCAUGCUGCAGGGGUGUUGUCCCUCACAGAAGAAAUCUAAGCCAAAAAGAAGAAAGAAACAAAGAAAGAAAGAUCCCCACAACUUAUAUAUGUCUGCUGUGCUGCCUGGCUGGGGUAGAAAGGGGUCAGUGUGCCCUCUGAUUAUGUUGUCUUUCGUCCAUCUAUCCAUCGCCCUACCCCAAAAGGCCCCAAACCUCUUGCUCUUGGCAGGCCUUGCAUCUGGGACUUGCGAUGUCUGCAGCACCCCCUCUGAAUGCUGUCUCUCCACCUCUUUUGUAUUUCUUUAUUUUCUGCCCCCCCUGCAUUCAUUUUGCCAUUUUGCCUACAUUGUAAAAGAGGAAUGA